CUACCUCUACCUCUACCUCUACCUAACUGAACUGCAUCUGCAUGAGUUGGCGUUUUCACAUACUACCUACUAUCCCUCCUCCUGCAUCUGUAUUCAUCCUCUCACUCACCACACACACGUCGAUGCCUAUCCACCAAACCGCGCCCUCGCUCUCGUGCUCUGCUCAGUCCCACCAUGGCGCAACCACAAGACGCGGCGGCGUACUACGGCGAUCUCCUUGACAGCGACAAGAAGCCCUCGAGGGUCAUGGUUGCGCUGCUCACGGGGAUCGCAAAAUAUAUUGUCAAGAAUCUCGGGGACAAGGACACAAAGUGUCUUACCCCGCCAAAGCUGGCGGCGUUCUACAAAGCCGUCGGUGGGAACUACGACUCUGUCUUCAUCGACCUCCCAAACCCCCAAAUAUCAUUCAUCUACCAAUCCAUAGGCUGCCAACACACCCUCCAACCCACCGACGACGACUUCCACGCCCCCACCAUCCCCGCCCUCACAACCCGCGGCUUCGUCCGCUGGCAAACCAUCGAGAUCCUCCUCGACCCCUCCGGGCACGUGCCCUUCCUCCAGCGCGCCGUCCACGACUUCCCCAUCCUCAUCCCGGAGACGGGAGACCGCUUCCCCGCCGACCUCCCCGCCUCCUGCCUGCCCCAGGAGCCCGACGCCGCUAUCGAGAAAUGGCAUAAUAAGUGCGCUGAGAGGCUGCGGAGGGAUUCGGCGGCGGAUGAGAGGCCUCGGGGUCAACCGAAUCAUACGGCGGACUCGAGACAUCAGUCCCCUUACGUGAAGGCGUCGCAUACCCACCCCGCUACCUCUAUCCCGCGCGACAGCCCUAGAGGCACAGAUAACUUCAACCCCAAACCCGAGCAGCACCCGCGCCGCCAAAAACCCACACGCAGCGGCACACACGCCCCCACCAACCCCCGUGACCCCCCACCCACCCCCCGCCCGGCCACUCCACCACUCGAAUACGAAGCCGCGCGCGGCCGCCGCCGUUCCGUGCCAAGGGACUACUACCGUAACAUCCCCACCUCCAGCCGACCUCCAAAAUACGCCUCUGAUGUCCCCCAGCCAGAGGGGUUGAGACCGCAUAAUGGUGGGCCGGGGAGGAGGAGGCAUAGUCAUCCGAGACAUAGAAGGGAAAGGAGUAGUUCGAGUAGUUCGAGUAGUUCGUGGAGUUCGAGCUCGGAGAGCCUGACGACUGAUCUGCCGACUAGUCCGUUGUAUAGUGCGAGCAGGGCGUCGAAGUCGAAGGACCAACCGCAGCCUCAGCCACCUCCGCAGCAGCAGGGGAAACCGAGGCGCAACGCUAAACCCACCGCCGCCCCCUUCGCAGGACGCUACUCCGCGUCGCCAAGUCCGCACCCCGACCCCGUCGCCGCAGCUGCUUCCGCCGCAGCUGCUUCCGCCGCGGCCGCUGCCGUCGGUGGUGGUGGUGGUGGUGGUGGUUUGGGCGGGGGUCUCCAGAACGAGAAACUCCGCCAAGAUCACCGCAAUCGCGGGCUAUCGAUGCCGAAUUUUCGUCAUGCUGGGGGUGCGGGGCCAAAAAUUGCAACCUACAAAAUCGCCGUCGACCCCCCUCCAGCUGGGAAGUUGGGCGCCGCAAGCCCCUUCGCUCCUUCCUACCCGAAUGCGUGGCGUAGCGAGUCCCGCGGCGGGGGGGCGAAUGUGAGGUGGAGGGAUUUAGUGGAUAUUGAUAUUCCCCUCAGGGGGGGGGUUAAGGAGCCUCCUGUUGCGCCGGAUGCGCCCCCCGCCGUCGGUGGUGGUGGUGGUUUUGGGGCAGGGGGGAUGGGAGGGAGGGAAAAGUAUCGAAGAGAGGAAUUUGGGAAGAGGGAGAGGAGGAGUGUGAGUCAUGAGGAGAGGGCGAGGGAGAGGGAGAGGGAGAGGAGGUGGGAGAGGGAGAGGGCGGAUUCGGAGACGGAUGCGAGGAUGGAGAGGAGGUUGGGGGGGAAGCGAUAG